GGUUACAGUAUAUAGUAUAAUAUUUAUUAUGUAGAGUUAAUAUCACAGUUUAAAUCUUGCAUAACAUUAGCUGCACUAGUGCAACACCUGUCAAGAGUCUGGCCUUAAUUUAGUGGGUUACAUUUUUACUGUCCACAUGCAAUAAUGUGGACUGGCUACUCCGCUACUCCUUCCAGAACUAUGUCUGGAAACUUCAACCUCACCUCAUCUCAACAAAAGGGGAAAAGAGGAAUCAGAUGAGACCACGAGGCUUUCCUGAGGUCACCGAACACAUGCAACCAAACGCUUCCAGAACCACUUCCACAGUAAAAGAGGCAGAUCUCAAUCUCUCCCGAAACGCCUAAUGCUGCCGCGGGGGAAACCACAGAGGUAAAUCUUUCACGCUCGUCCCAGGAGAAAAAACAUUUCCCCGCUUUAGGCAACAUCGGUCAAGCUGAAGGGGUCCCCUGCUGAUGGGUUUCAUCUUUCACAAUCUCACUCGAAAAACAACCCCACAGGAAACGCACAGUAAACCAUGGCACCAUCACACAUCUUGACAAUACUGUCUCUGCUUUUGCUUUCUGGAGUUCCGGUACUUUCUCAAGACUAUGAAACCAACGAUUUGGAUUAUGACACGGCGGACUCUUCGCCUGAAGAUACUCGACUUUCUAUACCGGAUUACGAUGGCCAAUUAAUGUAUUGGUAUGAAUGCACCAGCGAGUGUUCCUGCCCCCCGUCCUAUCCUUUUGCCAUGUAUUGUGACUCCCGAAAACUCACGGCAGUUCCCAACAUCCCAGGACACAUCCGCCACUUGUACAUUCAGCAUAACGACAUAGAAGAGAUAAUUUCGAAGCCUUUCAUCAACGCCACGUCCCUGAGGGAAAUCAACCUCAGCUACAACAAGCUCCAAUCAUCUAAGGUGGAUAAAGACCUCAUUCAGUUACACCUUGAGCAUAAUAAUCUGGAAGACAUUCCUUCGCCUCUGCCGAAAACCCUUAAAAGGCUUCAUCUGGGCUUUAAUCAAAUUUCAAAGAUACCAGCUGACGCCACGCGCGAGCUUACCAAACUUACAGUGCUGGAUUUGUGCAGCAACAGACUAACAGAUGCGGGGAUUAAAGGAAAGAUCCUAUCUGACAUGAAGAGCCUCAUGCAAAUCAACAUGUGCAACAAUAAGCUCAAGUCCAUGCCAGCGGACCUUCCAGAAUCGAUCCAGCAGAUAUCGCUGGAAAACAACUCAAUCAGCUCCAUACCGCCAGGCUACUUUAAGAAGACCCCUAAUCUUCUGUCUCUUCGCAUGCAACACAAUAAACUCAAAUCUGUUGCAUACAAUGCCUUUAACCUGUCCAAACUAAUGGAGCUCCAUUUGGGCCACAACCAGCUCUUCAAAUCCUUUUUCGUCCCCAGGACCUUGGAACAUCUUUAUCUAAAUCACAAUGACUUUAAAGAUCUGAAUAUCUCUCUGAUGUGUCCAUCACUGGAUCUUGGCAACCCAAACAUGCUGACCUACAUUCGUCUCGACAACAAUAAGCUGACAGGACCAGUGGACUACUACGCUUACAGAUGUUUCCCAAGGCUGGUAAUGAUCUUUUAUGGAAUCCAAAGGAAGGGCGAUGAAGACGACUCUGAAACCAAAAAAUAUGAAAAACCCGACCGACCAAAAAGGCCUGGAGGCAACAAAGCUAUCAACUAGAUCGAUUAUACAGAUUUGGCAGAUAUAGUUCAACACACCAAACCUAAUUAAUCCAAAGUAUAAGACUGAGAGAUAAUAAAAAUACAUAUAUUAGUCGUUUUAAACAUUCUGUUUGAUUUUCUGCUUGCAUGGUUUUGCUUUAAUGCAUCUUAAUGAUCAUAAAACGUGUCCAAAAUUGAAUUGCUAUGUACGGAAAGUACAGAUUUUCUUUUUUUUUUGCACAAUGUCACUUUUCUCUCUGUGAAUACAAUAUAAAGCAUUUAUCUACACUAAGAACACUGCAUUGCAAUGCAUGUGAAUUCCUGCAAAAUUUAAUAAAUAGCAAAACUCUU